ACCCAGGGGGUCGGCGCCAUGCAUCAUGGCGCCGAGGUUUCACGUCUCGGCGCCAUGGAUCACGGCGCCGAGGUCCUGGACUGCCUUCUCACGUGGAUCUGACGUGGCAGGGAGCUCGGCGCCACAGAUCACGGCGCCGAGCUCGGCGCCACAGAUCACGGCGCCGAGCUCCCUGCUACAAAUCGGCCGACGCCCUUCGCUACCCGUGGACACAGUUCAUAUUUUCAUCUCCCCUCUCGGCUCUUUCUCUCCAAAAACCGAGCACGAAUUUGGAUUCAAUAUUUGGACCAUCAAAAGUUUGAUUUGUUCCAUAGAUCUUGAAGAGCCAGAAUGCCACGUCGUGGAAAAAGUAGCAAACCAAGCUAUGGCCGGACGACCGGUAGUCCGUACAUCCACAAGCCGCUUCCUAGCGGUGUUCCAGUACCUAUGUGCUUUUGUGGUGAUCCUUGCAAGGUAGAAAUUUCGGAAGACGAGGAAACCUAUCGGCAGAGGUAUUGGAUGUGUUCGAAUUUUGCCUGGGAGCCUACGCCAAAACAACGCCGCAGUAACUUUAUUACCCCUCCACCAUUGUGUGAUUUUGAGCAGUGGAUCGACACUGAGGUUAAGGAGUCCGACAAGCGGCUUCUACAAGGCCUAAAGGAGUGGGAUGCAGAGCGUGCAGAGAUAUUAGAGAAGAGACGUAGAGAGGAGGCUCAAAAGAGGGAGCACAAGGAAGAGGAGGAAAGAAGACGUGUUGCUGCGGCUCGGGAGGAGAGGGAAAAGAAGCUUGAGCGUGUGCGCCGAGCGAAGGCAGCGAUUGAUGAGAAUCCAGAUGCCCAGAGGAAGGGAAAGUGGCCUCGUUGCACUCAGUAGUUACAUUACCUUCUUGUUUUUUGUUUGGUUCAUGGACAAUAUUGUUUUGUGUUGGACUUUUCAAU